CUCAAAUAAAAAUCCAAGCUUCAUAGUUAGUAUUCCGCCGCUCUUCUUCUCCUCUAAUCUAAACCUGUACUCUCUCUCUCUCUCUGGGUUCAUCUUGCAGCGGGAGUCACAGGAGUGGCUUCGUCUCCGGCGAGAUCUGGCCGGAGAAUGGCGUACAUGUGCGCUGACAGCGGCAAUCUAAUGGCGAUAGCCCAACAAGUCAUCAAGCAGAAGCAGCAACAAGAACAGCAACAGCAGCAGCCCCACGACCACCAGAUUUUCGGCACGAAUCCUUUGUCCAUUAAUCCAUGGCCCAACACCACCACCCACCAGUCCCUCGGAUUCGGGCUUCCGGGACCGGGUUUCUCUGACCCGUUUCAUGUCUCCGCCGUUGGAGAAUCCGGUGACCCGGUCUUUCCCUUCUCGCAACUCGAGCAUCACAAUCCAAGCGGCGGUGGCGGCUUUCGGUUCUCCGAUUUUGGCGGCGUAACCGGCGGUGAGUUCGACUCGGACGAGUGGAUGGAGAGUUUGAUUGGCGGAGGAGACUCGGCGACGGACGGCUCUGGCUGCGAUGUGUGGCAGAACAACCCGGACUUCGUAAUUUACGGACCUGAUCCCUUCGUGGCAUGCCCGAAUCGACUCAGUGUCGCCUGUUCUCAGCCAUCGGAUCUCAACCGAGUCAUCUUCUCGGAUAAGAAAGACCCGGCGAGUCCGCCUCAUCCCCCGCCGGUUUCUACCAGCAUGUGGGCUCCUUCUCCGCCGCAGGAGUUAGCCCGAACAGCGGCGACGAAGGACACCAGAAGAAAUGAAUCCGUUGCCGAACCCUCGUCGGACUUCGAUCUUGGGUCGACGUUCCUGAAAGCUCUCCACGACUGUGCCCAAAUCAUCGAGACAGAACCGGACCGCGCCGCCGAAACGCUUGUCCGAAUCCGGGAGUCAGUGUCGAAGCUCGGUGACCCGACAGAAAGAGUUGGGUUUUACUUCGUGGAAGCCCUCUUCGAAAGACUAUCUCCGGAAGCUGAUUCGGCGGCGAGGGAAUCCCCGGCAUCGCUUGAGGAUUACAUACUCUCAUACAAAACCUUAAACGAUGCUUGCCCGUACUCGAAAUUCGCUCACUUGACGGCGAACCAGGCGAUUCUCGAAGCUACCGACAAAGCGAGCAAGAUUCACAUUGUCGAUUUCGGGAUUGUUCAAGGUAUUCAGUGGGCUGCUCUACUUCAAGCUAUGGCGACCCGAGCGUCUGGUAAACCCACCCGAAUCCGGAUCUCGGGUAUACCCGCUUCGUCUCUGGGCGACUCUCCUGGUCCGUCUCUUGCCGCCACGGGGAAUCGCCUCCGUGAUUUCGCUCGGCUUCUGGAUCUGAAUUUCGAGUUCGACCCGAUUCUUACUCCCAUCCACUUACUUAACGGGUCGAAUUUCCGGAUCGAGCCGGGCGAGGCUCUGGCAGUGAACUGCAUGCUUCAGCUGUGCACCCUUCUCGACGAGACGCCGGUGGCCGUCGAAACGGCGCUCCGGCUGGCGAAGUCGCUGGACCCGAGAAUUGUGACCCUGGGGGAAUACGAAGCGAGCUUAAACCGGGUCGGAUUCUCAAACCGGGUGAAGAACGCACUCCGGUUUUACUCGGCCAUGUUCGAAUCCCUGGAACCGAAUCUACAGAGAGAAUCGCAGGACAGGCUGAGGAUAGAGAGAGUGAUAAUGGGUAGAAGAAUCUCGGACUUGAUCCGACCCGAGAAACCGGGGACCCGGAGAGAACGAAUGGAGGACAAAGAACAAUGGCGGGUGUUGUUGGAAAAAUCGGGUCUUGAGUCGGUGGCGCUAAGCAAUUACGCGGUGAGUCAAGCGAGGAUCCUUCUAUGGAACUACAAUUACAGUACAUUGUACUCUCUGAUUGAAACCGAACCAGGUUUCAUCUCCUUGGCCUGGAACGACGUGCCUCUUCUCACUGUUUCUUCUUGGCGCUAAUGAAUAUUCCGACAAAAAUUUCCCAAGAUGUUAAUACAACCCCCCCCCCCUUCCCCUUCCCCUAUUGUUGUCUUUUGGUAGUUGAGAUGUCGAAUUAGGACUAGAGAUUUGUAAUUUCAGCCAAGUAGUUUAGAAGCAUCUCCAUCUCCUUGGAAGCUGUUCUUAGUUUUGUUGUUAAACUUAAUCCUCUCCGCCUUUUUAAACAGCUUAGUUUCCUUAGAUCUGGAUUAUGUUCGGUCACUUGUCUGAGACGAUGAUUACGAUUCCAAACUGUAGAGAAAGGGAAUGGCAGAUAUAUGUGUAACCCCUCGUACAUACAUUUGAUUGUUUACCCAUAUAUAUAUACACACUCUGAUGUUCUUCUAA